AUGCUCGGUGGACUAAUAUCUCUCCUUUCUGUCUUGGCAUCCUACAGGGAAGAUUUGCAUAAAGUAGAUGUUAUGAACUACUGCCAGCAGAACGUCAGCCAGUGCCUGCGCUCACAGGGUGCAAGGAGCCGCGACAAUGCUUUGCUAUGGCAGGUGCUGUUGCAGAUGUGUCGGCAGAAUGGGUGUAUAGAUGGGAGUGAUCUGGCAGAUCUAAUACUUCAAGACUGCAAGCGGGAGAGAUACCGAAAAGAGCAAGAGUACAGUGAGCUCAUCUCUCUGGGUGAUGAACCAUCCCUCAUACCUGAUGGUGCACAAGUGGAUCUUCUAACUGGAGAGGUCCCAUCUACUGUUGAAAUGUCAAAACGGGCUGUGGAAAAAUUCACUAAGUUGCUGUACUUUGGACGAAAAAAAGAGGCCCUUGAUUGGGCGAUGAAAAGUCAGCUUUGGGGACAUGCUUUGUUUCUCUCCAGCAAGAUGGAUUCACGGACCUACAGCUGGGUAAUGGCCAGGUUUACUAGCGCUUUGGCUGUCAAUGACCCAUUACAAACCCUGUUUCAGCUAAUGGCUGGUCGCAUACCACAAGCUGCAACCUGCAGUGGAGAUAAAAAGUGGGGAGACUGGAGACCUCAUUUGGCUGUAAUGCUGUCCAACCAGAUGUCCGAUCCUGAGGUGAACCAUCGUGCUAUUAUCACCAUGGGGGACAACCUAGUUCUUAAAGGUUUCACAGAAGCGGGACACUGCUGCUAUCUAACAGCUGGCAUCUCACUUGGCAAGAUCUCAGAGAAGUCAGAUCGCCUCGUUUUGCUGGGUAGCAAUCAAAACCAGAAGUUUAGGAAGUUUGCCAGCACGGCGAACAUCCAGCGCACUGAAAUCCUGGAAUAUUGCCAAAGUUUGGGGAAGAUCAGUCAUUUUAUCCCUUCAUUCCAGGUCUACAAGUUUGUGUUGGCCGCUCGGCUAUCGGAUUAUGGUUUGACGUCUGUUGCCCUGCAUUAUUGUGAGUGCAUCGCCUCCGCCAUCCUCCUCUCCAACUCUGGAUCAUUGGUGUUGAUAUCAGAGUUAAUCAAGUUGUCAGAACGCUUGAAAUACUCAGAUCCUCAGAUCCUCGAACAGCCUGAACCAGAGCAGAACCAAGAACCAACUUGGCUUGUCCAGCUCCGUUCUCUUUUCUUGCAGCUACAGGAAAAUAGCGCAUCUGGUAGAAUUACCUUGGAAGCCUCUGAGGACCAAGGAAACAACAGCGAGCCUAACAAAACCUCUCCAACCAGCCUGAUCACCAAGUGUGCAAAUCAAUGGGAGUCAUCUGUCAUCCUCGGGAGCGAGAGUUCUGCAAAAAAAGACGUGUACCCUGUAAAUGAAGUUCAACCAGUAAGUCAAAACCAUGACACAAGAGGUGAUCUACAAAAGAUGGAAGCUGAGCUAGUCUAUGAUACCAGCUGGGUACCUCCGAACAGAGAUCCUCAACCAGUGGAGCCACAGGGUGAAAACUAUUCUGAAUGGGGUAUUCAGCAACCAGUAUCGAUCAUGGAUCCAUACUCUGGCUACAAAACCUAUGAUGAGCCACAGGAAAAAGAAAACUUGGAGGAGAUCUCCGAUUCCCCUUCUCCGAGCAGCAGUUUCAGUAACAAUGCACUAAUGAUGAAGAAUGCACUCAUGUCAAGAAGGGUGAGCACAGUCUCUGAAACCUCUACCGUUUCAGUGGGAGACGAUGGUAAUGAUGAAGACAGAUCUGGUGAUGAAGCCCCAGUGCACAAGACUGAAGAGAAGAAGGGACCAUCCUCUGGAUGGUUUAGUUGGUUUCGUUCCAAGCCAGCAAAAGAGACUGCAGUCCCACCAAGAGAGGCAAAAGUUCCACCAAAAUCUCAGACUCAUCCUCCAGUAGGCCAUGACCAGUUCCGGUUUCCACCAUUAUCUUACCAGCUACCAGCAUCUACCAGUGAAGCACGUUACGCAGGAAUUAAAGAAACUGAAGAACCGCAGAAGAUCGGUAGCGGCUCAGUGUCGUCAGAGUUCGGGGUUCAGCAGGAGAGCAUGGGCACUUAUCCAAAUGUUCCUGGAGGGCCGAUGAACCAGCCGACUGCAGCAAUUCCCUUUUACAACCCUGCACAGUUCCUCCAAGAUACAGGUCUAGCUGCAAACAAGUCCAGCCGUCCUCCGCGAGGGCGAUAUCCGCUACAGCGCUGAUGACCAAUGACCUCAACAAUUACCACUCAGGGAGAGCCAUAUGGACAGUUAUUAAAUUGCAUCGUGUUUUUUUUUUUUUUUUUAUAUCACAGGGCCAAGUGUAAAAUGACUUCUUUUUGUUCAUUUAAGAGAUUUUUAGAGAUAAUAAUUCUUUGUAAUUAUCCUGUUUUAACCCUUCCAAAUGAAAAUUAAAAACCAUUUACUGC